AUGCUGGUGCGAAGGAGUCGUGAAGGCAAGAUAGGUGAGCCAAUCGCCGUCAAAACCAAUCUUGGCUGCACUGUAUACGGUGGCUGGGCAUCGCAGGACUCUUCGAGUACAGCCGGUCAUACGUACCACCUCUGCUCCUGCAACGAACCAGGCCUGACGCAUCUUAAUCAGAUAGUGAAAGAUUACUUCUCCAUGGAUAGUUUGGUAGUUCAACCGAGCCACGUUGGACGGCUUUCUAAAGACGAUGAACGCGCAAUGGCUCUUCUGGAAUCUCGCACUCACUUCAACGGAGAACGUUACGAAACAGGCCUGUUGUGGCGGUCCGACGAAAUCCGUCUGCCGGACAACAAAGCAGUUGCAGUUCGUCGUUGGAGAUGCUUGGAAAAGCGCAUGGAGAAGGACACGGAGUUGGCGAGCAUCCUGCAUGAAAAAAAUGCGGAAUACAGAUCGCAAAACUACAUCCGCAAGCUAACGUCGGAGGAGCUGUCAACAAAAUACGAGCGGCCAGGCAAAGUCCGGAUUGUGUGGGACGCUGCCGCCCAAGCAUACGGGAUAUCACUAAACGCGGUUCUCCUCACUGGCCCAGACCAGUUAGCGUCUCUUGUGGGCAUCCUGUACCAAUUCCGUGAGCAUCGAAUAGGCGUUUGUGCCGACAUCCGUGAGAUGUUCCAUCAGGUCGACACCAAUCCUGAGGACCAGCAAUGUCAGCGUUUUCUUUGGCGUGACCGCGACGAACACGGUGAUCCAAGCAUCUACGUCAUGCAGGUAAUGACAUUCGGGGCGAGCUGUUCUCCUGCCACACCCCAGUUUGUGAAGAACAAGAACGCCGAAAGAUUCGAAGAAGGAUAUCCAACAGCGGUAGCGGUCAUCAAAAAACGACACUACGUGGAUGACAUGGUUUUCAGCGUUGAAACGGAGCAAGAAGCAGUUGAACUGGCGGAGUCGGUGCGUUUCAUCCACAUGGAGGGUGGAUUUGUAAACCGCAAUUGGGUUUCCAAUUCUCCGUUGGUGCUUUCCACUAUGAAUGGAGAAGAGUCAACGGAGAAGGACCUGAACAUAUCUGCGAAGGUGAACGACGUGUUCAAAUAUAAAAUAUGCUGGACCAGAUUUGAUUCGACGCUGCUGGAUGGGAGUCGUUGCCCUACUAAACGGGAGAUCCUUCGGACGCUGAUGACCAUAUACGACCCUCUAAGUCUCAUCGACCACUUUCUGGUGUUGCUGAAAAUCUUGCUACAGGAAGUUUGGCGUGCCAAUGUUGACUGGAACGAACGAAUUCCCGAAAACCUGUUCGAGAAGUGGUGCGACUGGCUACAAUUGCUACCACAGAUAGAGACGCAAGCUACGAUAGAGACGCACUGCGGCGGCCCGCCACGUGAUCGCUCAAACUGUACCAAUUGGUCCACGCCUUACGAGAAUCCUGAAAACGUCUCUAUUUCUCCUGCUCGACGGACAGUCCUCGAUUAUAGCACCCUUUGCAUGGAGCUACUGCUAAGGUACCGAACCGGGCUGAUUCGAAGUUCCGCUAUUCCACGUGCGGUGGCGCGACAAGCGUUUGAAAUGUAUCGUUUCGACGGUGCCGUGUUGCACGUGGCCGGUGUUGCACAUGCGACGUGUUGCACGGUCAUUCACGAGGGUGUCAAUACGCCGGGUCCCUUAGGUGGGCGACCUAGGGGUGGCACCUUCGUUCGAAGGACACCUCACUCGUCGUGGUCUAUUCGUUAA